GUGAAAAAGCCGUGAAAACAUUCUCUUAAAUGUUCUCUGUGUAAUAUAGUAUAUAAAGAAGAAUAACGGAACCUCAAUAGUUUCACUACUCUCUGGAGGAUAUUCACUCCGAUCGGAUCCAGCACAGUUACUACGGUUUUAAACCGGUGCCGGAAAAAAAGAGGCGGAGGAGAUAAUCUUCCGGUAAUACACAUGUGGUGACGCGUCGGAGCGAAAAUUCUGGGAUGGGUUGCGUCAGCUCGAAGCAGACCGUCUCUGUUACGCCGGCGAUCGAUCACUCGGGAGUGUUCAGGGACAAUGCGUGUUCCGGUUCAGGUCGAAUUGUGGUCGAGGAACCUUCUCCUGCGGUUGAGAAGAAGCUCGCGUCGUGGAGGAGCAAGAGCGGGAAGAAGAGCAGCAAGAAGAGCGGAAGUGAGUUCGGGAGCGAGUUGAGCGAGUCCGGUCGAGCGAGUUCGAAUUGCAGGAGUGAGUCGCUGAGUUUCCGGCUCGGUAACCUAAGCAAGUACUUGGAAGCUGAGCAAGUCGCCGCUGGUUGGCCUGCGUGGCUGAGCAACGUCGCCGGCGAAGCUAUCCAUGGUUGGGUCCCGUUUCGAUCUGAUGCCUUCGAAAAGCUUGAAAAGAUUGGACAAGGAACUUAUAGUAGUGUGUUCCGUGCAAGAGAGACCGAAACCGGGAGGAUAGUGGCUUUGAAGAAGGUUAGAUUCGACAAUUUCGAGCCAGAGAGUGUUAGAUUCAUGGCAAGAGAGAUUUUGAUACUUAGGAGACUCAAUCAUCCGAACAUUAUCAAACUACAAGGUUUGGUUACUUCGAAACUAUCUUGCAACAUACAUCUCGUGUUCGAGUACAUGGAGCAUGAUCUCACUGGUCUUCUUUCUAGCCCUGACAUCAACUUCACAACUCCACAGAUUAAGUGCUACAUGAAACAAUUGUUGUCUGGACUUGAUCACUGUCACGCACGAGGUGUGAUGCACAGAGACAUAAAGGGUUCGAAUCUUUUGGUUAACAAUGAAGGAGUUUUGAAGGUGGCUGAUUUUGGGCUAGCAAACUUUUGCAAUGCUCCUGGGAAUAAACAACCUCUGACCAGUCGAGUUGUGACUCUGUGGUAUCGUCCGCCUGAACUUUUGCUUGGGGCGACAGAUUAUGGAGCUUCUGUUGAUUUGUGGAGUGUUGGCUGUGUUUUCGCUGAACUUCUUCUCGGGAAACCGGUUCUGCAGGGAAGAACCGAGGUGGAGCAACUGCACAAGAUAUUCAAACUUUGUGGAUCUCCACCUGCAGAUUACUGGAAAAAGUCCAAACUUCCUCACGCAAUGCUUUUCAAACCACAGCAGCAUUAUGAUGGUUGUCUCCGAGAAACCUUGAAAGAUUUGUCCGACGUUGACAUCACUCUUAUAGAGACCCUUCUCUCUGUAGAGCCCCACAGACGUGGGACUGCGUCUACCGCCCUUGUUUCCCAGUAUUUCACUGCAAAGCCUCUUGCUUGUGAUCCUUCAAGCUUGCCUGUAUACUCGCCUAGCAAGGAGAUUGAUGCAAAGCAUCGAGAAGAAGCAACAAGAAAAAAAAUCUGCGGGAAUGGGAGACGUGGUACAGAAUCUAGGAAGCCUACACGAAAGCCCCCUGCAUUUGCUAAAAUGGCACCAGCUGAGGAUGUGAGGCACACUUCCAAAUCUUUUCAGAAACGUAAUGGUCAUUCAGGUCAUAGCUCGAUUGAUAGUGAUGCUACUCUAUAUGGGAAGCUGCAAAAGCCAUCGGAUCAUGAAAAAGAAGAAGCUUCUCAUGUCAAGAACGCGUCACAAGGAGAUGUGCCUUUCUCAGGGCCUUUGCAAGUCUCUGUAUCAAGCGGUUUUGCAUGGGCGAAGCGACGAAAAGAUGACAGUUGUGUCAGAUCACGGAAUAGAUCUCUCUCAAGAGGUCACAUUCCUAACCUGUUGGGGCCUUCUCCUGCUUUCAGCGAGAACACUGACGUUGAGUCUAAGAUAACAGAGAAUGAAAAGGAAGAGAAACAUGGGGCAAAAACAGAUUCACAAGACCGUGAGUCAUAUGAGAUGUUGAAGAUUUCAAUGCUGAAGAAGUGGAGACAACUUGAACGUCCAGAUUCUUUUGAUGCUUCGGACGAGUAUCAUUCACAGGAACUAUCAUUGGCACUUUAUCAGAGAGAAGAGAAGGCAGCAAAACUGAGUCAUUUGGGUUACGAAGACAAUGAUGACAAAAUCGAGUUCUCAGGCCCAUUGUUGUCCAAAUCUUAUGGAGUCGAUGAGCUUCUGGAGCGCCAUGAACGCCAGAUUCGCCAGUUAGUUCGAAGAUCUUGGUUCCAGAAAGGUAAGAAACAAGGGAAAUGACUCCGUUUAAACUUGUCUGUGUCAUGAAAAGCUUCCCAAGUGGAUCCAGAUGGGGAGCUCCAAGAACUCACUAUGCAUUUUGAAGGUCUGAGAAACACAACGUUAGCAAGAUCUUCAGAAACUGUGAUGAUCAAGCAAAUAUGGAGAAAGCCAUGAUUCGCUUUUUUGUUAAUGUUACUUAUAAGUUAUAACUUAAUCUUCUUUAGUAACUUUAAAUUUUGAGAGUAUAUUAAAUAUAGCGGUUUCCAGGCAUAAUGUAUAGAGCUAGAGCAGUAAUAAUAAGCAUAUUUCUACACAUCUGCAAUUUUGCAUAACAUAAUAUAUAGAAGAAUAUCCAGUUAUAUAAAAGAUUUGGAUAUUUGUUACAGGAUUUUACUGAUUCAUUUCAAAGUUGCAUGAUGGUGAUGUGUGGUGGUUAUGGCACUUAAUGAGGCCUCGUGACAAUGGCGUAUGUGAGGCAAUGCUGUAUUAUGAUUGUGAGCCAUCAGGAUGUGACGUUGUAUUUAUAUAAUUUGCGAUUUGG